CGUAUACGGUAGCUGUUUGACCGGGAAGUGCUUGCGCUGUCCGAGGCGGAAGUUGAAGUAUCAGCUGACGCUGGUGUUGCUAAUGGAAGUUGUAUGUUGUUGAAUUACCGUAAAGAAACGAAUAAGGAAAUCCGUGGUACUAAUAACAGUGAGUGAUCGGUUAGACAGGAAUUCACGUUAGAACCGCGUAGAAAUACAGUCACUUUAGACAGCACCAGUAUUUCUAAUACUAGAAGAGAUAUACCUUUAGUUAUAUUUAUUGGAAAGGGACUGAAUGUGAAUAUAUUUACAAUACUGGAAACGGGUGUAGCAUUAAGACAUUAUCACUGUAGCGCUGCAAUUUGUGUCAAAUAGAACACAUUUAAACAAAAUUGUGUAAGGUAAGGAUACAAAAACCGAAGUCAGGGCAGACGUGUGUGAUACAGAGAAGGAAACGCAUACGGCAAUAUUAUAAAUACAGUCUUUGUCAUAUUAUUAUUAUUGUUGUUGUUGUUUAUCUGCCACCGCAAUUUUAGAAUCUUAAAAACAAGUUAUUUUUAAAUGUAAUUUAUGAACGUGUGUAGUAGUAGUAUUCUAAUUUAGGAAGCGGUAGUUUGUCGUUGUUUAUUUCACGCACACACAGUACCACUCGUCUGGAAUACACUGCACAAUCUUACUAAUAAUAUAUAAGUUGUGGCUGGUGUCUGGCACGAAGUGGUUUUAAUGAAUGUGGUGUUCGUGGUGAUAGUAGCGUGCAGGCUAGCCUACGUUGAAGCAGGGGCCGAGGCUCAGGGCUGUCAGUAUUAUUUAAACAGUAUUAUAAACCCCGUCCCGGCCCAGUCACACAGAACUCCGAAUCUGCCACCUUUAUUUUUGUACGGGCCAAUGCUGGAUCUGGAGGUCGUGCCUGAGAGAUCGCUGGGAAAUGAACAAUGGGAAUUUGCACUAGGGAUGCCAUUGGCCCAGGCCAUCGCUAUUCUCCAGAAACACUGCCGCAUCAUCAGAAACGUGCAGGCUCUCUAUAGUGAACAGACUCCUCUUUGCCAUGACCUCAUACUGAACUUGACUCAGGAUGGAAUCAAGCUGCUCUUUGAUGCCUGCAAUCAGCGACUGAAGGUAAUUGAAGUUUAUGACUUGAGCAAAGUGAAAUUGAAAUACUGUGGAGUGCAUUUUAACUCUCAGGCAAUAGCUCCGACCAUUGAGCAGAUAGACCAGUCCUUUGGAGCCACGCACCCAGGAGUGUACAAUGCAGCUGAGCAGCUUUUUCACCUUAAUUUCCGAGGUCUUUCUUUCUCCUUUCAACUGGACUCCUGGAACGAAGCUCCCAAGUAUGAGCCUAACUUUGCCCAUGGCUUGGCCUCCCUGCAGAUUCCUCACGGAGCCACUGUAAAACGCAUGUACAUCUACACUGGAAACAGUCUGCAGGAUACCAAGGCUCCAGCGAUGCCUCUUGCCUGCUUUCUGGGGAAUGUGUUUGCCGAGUGCGUCGAAGUAUUAAGAGACGGGACGGGACCCUUAGGUUUAAGACUCCGUCUCCUCACUGCAGGCUGUGGUCCCGGUGUGAUGGCAGAUGCUAAGGUUCGAGUGCUGGAGCGCUGCAUAUACUUCGGAGACUCGUGUCAGGAUGUUCUGAGCACUCUGGGGUCACCACACAAGGUCUUCUAUAAAUCCGAAGACAAGAUGAAGAUUCACUCUCCCUCCCCUCACAAGCAGGUUCCCUCCAAAUGCAAUGACUACUUCUUCAACUACUUCACGCUUGGAGUGGAUAUACUGUUUGAUGCCACUACUCAUCUGGUGAAAAAGUUUGUGCUACACACGAAUUUCCCUGGUCAUUACAAUUUUAAUAUUUAUCAUCGAUGUGAUUUCAAGAUUCCACUUACAAAUAAAAAAGGUGGUGCCGAUUCUCACACAGAAGCAGGCACUUUGACAACAUACAGCAAGUGGGAUUUGAUUCAGGAGCAUAUUGGUCACCCAAUGGAAAAGCCGGUUGUCCUGCACAGGUCAUCUUCAGCAAACAACAGCAACCCAUUUGGAUCUACUUUUUGCUUUGGACUGCAAAGAAUGAUUUUCGAGGUGAUGCAGAACAACCACAUAGCCUCAGUAACCCUGUACGGCAGUCAUUCUCGAGCAGCUGAAGCACCUGCCCUGUGAGCGCCCGCUCUCCGUUCCUCCAACCACAACACUACAGAUCUAGUACAGUACAGUGUGCCUUGAUUUGCUGCCACUAUCAUACAAGAAAAGCAUGGUAUGGUUUCUUUUACUCCUCACUGCCCCUCCCCUGUCCUGAGACUGGCGAGAGUGCGCAGUGGAGUAUCACAGAGCUGCUCUCGCAGGGAGGAGUCCCAGUGGAUGGUCUAUGAAGCCGUGUGUGUGUGUGUUAUUCUAGUCCUUCUGUGUCUGUCUCUCCGUUACAUUCAUCCGAUCGCACACAAACAUAGCUACAAGCACAAAGCUCACGAGCACCGACCUGAGCCAAGGGGGUUGGUAAAUAUUAUAUAUAUAUACACACAAACACUUUUAAAUGUGUGUUUGGUCUCGUAGUGGUGUGUACACUUCCGUUUUGCACUUUGCUUUUGCCCAGUGCAGUCAACUGAGUGCAUCAAGUCUAAACUGUAGUAUGUUAAAAGAAAAAAAAACAAAACUUUUGGUUUUAACAUUUGCACUAAAUACACCUUAAUUACCUGAUAAUUGUCUUUUAUCCACUGAGGAAUAUUUGUGUCAUGGGUGAGAGUGAGUGAGGGGGUGCAACAGUUUUGUAAUUUUAAUAAUCUGCACGCAGCUGACAAAAUAGAAUGUUCUUUAGUUUUUUUGUUCUCAAUGUCCAUCCAUCCUUGUGCACUAAAAACACAAUUCCUAUUCUUCAGGUUUGAUCAGCCAUGCCCAGUGUGUAUGUUAGGAUUCUUUAGAAUGCCAACAUUUUAGUCAGAGAGCGUCUUGUAUUUUUAAUCUAUACUUAUCGUGGAAACUGCACACCCCAAUGUGAGUGAAAAGAGUCUGUCUUAAACCUCUUGUAAAAAGAAAGCUGCAAUUCUCCAGGCCGUGGAACUCCUGGCGUGUUGCAGUAUUCUGCUUCCCCCUCCCCCCCUUACAUCCAUCCACCCCAUCCCACCCACCCCUAUAGGGGUCAACCUGGUACGUGGGCUAUCUUUUAAUAUUGCUUCAUGCUUUAAAAAAAAAUAAUAAUAAUAAUAAUAUUAAUAAUGCCCUGUUUUAAAAAGUACAUUUAAAAAAUGUA